AUGAUAUUCUUUUUCCUUUCUUUACUUUCAGCACAGACAUAUACAGGCCCUCAAAGUUCUUCUUUAGUAAUCAAAGAUUCAACUGAUCUCAUUAUCACCCAUUGCACUUUCAAUGGAAUUGUUGGAUCACCACUUAAGAUUACUGGAGGAUCAACUACUCAAACAUCCAUUAUCACCAAAUGUUACUUUACAGGUUGCCGAUCCACACAAGGUGGCGCCUUUAAUAUUCAAGGAAAUACCAAUGUAAAAAUGUCAAUGACUGCUAUUGAAAGUUGCCAUUGUAAAUAUGCACCUAAACAAGGUGCUAUUGGUUAUAUCGAUACAAAUCAAGAAGCUCCUUAUUACUUUGAUUUAAAUUCAUUCGUUAACUGCUAUGAUAGCUCUUCAAAUUUAUUUUGCGGCGGUGUAUCAAAUCUAGCUAACAUUAAUGCUACAGGAAACACUGCCUCAGCUACAUACCAAGUAUAUGCUUAUGGCUGCAUAUAUUUCCAACACAAUAAUUACCCAAUUAAAUUCUCAUACUCAACAGUCUAUAAAUGCACAUCUUCAUGCUCUAUUAUAUAUUAUUAUCAGUGUUAUGAACUUGCUACACUCUUGAAGAUCAAUUUCAUCGAGAAUAAUAACAAUGGUUAUGGUAUGGUAUAUGCCCAAGAAUGCAAAUCCGUUUCAAUCGAAGAAUGCAUCUUCCAAGAAAACCAUCACGGAAAAAGCGAAAUCUUCAUAACAGAUAAAGAUAAUAUACUCAGCGUCAUAGACACUGUCGUAGAUAGUACAAAGACAAAGGGUAAGUUAGCCAUUACCAACUGGGAACAGAAGUCAACAGAACCAAUUCCAAUGACUUUAUACGCAACAGGCAACAUUGCAGCUCAAAUUUCUUACAAAUCACCAGACUCAACACCUGUUGAGACACCGUUUGAAACUCCAUUCACGACAUCUAUGGAAACACCAGUAGUAACAGCUGCUUCGUGA